UGAGUGAUAAAACGAAUUUAGUCUUUGUUCGGACAUACGCAGCGAGUGUGGCAGGCGGCAGACAACGUUCUAAAGUGGCAUUGCAAGGCAGCGGUGUUUCAUCGCGCGCGCGCCGCUCGAAUACAUCAUACUUGUGCUGGACAACACGCACACAUACAUAUACAUAUAUGGAGCUUCAGAAGCACAGAUUCACAUACAAAUAGUGUACACCUAAAUCAACGUAUUAGCGACUGUGCGGAGUCGUUGUGUCGCACAUAGCUAUAUAGCAUAUACAUACAUACAUAGAAAAAUACAUACUAUACAUGCCACACAUAUACUACUGCACAGCAGUGGAAACAAUUUUGUUGAACAUUUGUGCACAAAACACUAGUCAGUCGAUCGCUUGGGCGGCCUAACGUAUGUCUUUUAGCUACCUUCAUACAAAAAUAGCGACUGUGCAUGUGUGUGGUGCUGAAAUCACAGUGAGGGUGUCUAUGUGUGGACGCAAAAGCGCGUGUUUAACUCGUUACCACUGCGAAAUCAAACACCGUUUUGUGCACAUAUUUCAUAAAAACGAAAUAAAACAUACACAGACGCGCGUAAACUUAUACUGUGGCAACUAAAACACACAUACGUGACGAUAACUCCAACCCAACCGCGGCACUUCGUCAAGGCGCCCACUCCUCACAACGUCCUAACUAUCCAAAACUCGCCCACUCUCCUCAACAUACCCAGUAUUCAAACAGCUUCUAGAGGCACCAGCAUCCCACAACCUCCAACCAGUGUCAGCGCCAGCGCCAGGCUGCAGCACUGCGCAUUUGGAGUUUGUUAUAUUUACGGUGUUUACAUUUCGGUGGCGGCACAAACAUUCAGCGCCAUAAUUUACUGCACCGCCAAGUGGUGAAGUAGUGUAGAGAAGCAGUAGUGCAGUGCAGAAGCUGCGCGCGCCGCACAACCUAGCGCGUCGCGUAAGCGUCAACAAGCAAAGGUGCAGCGUUGGCGCCUCACUAAGGUCUAACCAUUUCACCAGAAAUAGUAAAACUUGCAAUUGUGAUAUUGCCAACGGCAGCGUGUACGCGUAGCACACGAAAUGGCAAUAAUCGGUGGUGAGGAGACUGCUACCGAGACCAUUGACAUGGUGCCGGUGGAGAAGGUGAAACCGUCGAAAUUUGGCGAGUUCUGUCGGCGCAAUGGCAUAAAUCCGAAUUUGAUAAUGUUGAAGAUAACGCUGUUCGUCAUGUAUGGCGCAACAUCAUCGCUACUGCCCUACUUGACCAUACACAUGCAAUCGAUCGGUCUAACAGUGGAGGAGAUUGCCAUCAUCUACCUGGCAUUGCCUUUCACCACCUUCCUCAGUCCGCCAAUUACAGGUUUCCUUGUCGAUAAAUUUGGCAAGUACAAACCGGUCGUCAUAAUGAGUUUGCUGCUGAAUGCACUUUUCCAUCACUCGCUCUUGUUUAUACCGCAACAGGAGAUUCCAGGUAUUGUGCCAUCGGCGUUUGUUAUGCGCCAUCCUGAUACUGGCGAUAUAGAGGUCUGGUGGUCACCCUGUCCCAGUCGCGAAUGCCCCGAAGAGCCGGAGCUUGAUUUGGCUGUGAGUCAAUGUGCGGACUAUUGUCUGCUGCAAGAGCAGCAGCAACAACAACAGCAAACGCAACCGUCGCCUAAACCCUCGUUAUAUGGUCCAUCGCCCGAUUAUUAUUCGACAACUCAACGUGCGCCCACAACAACAACAACCACUACAAUUACAACUAUGAGUACAACGACAAUGGGUACAAUCGCAACGACAGCAACAAUAGUUGCUUCAGCCGCCGCUGAGUCACCAACACCAACCGCCAUAGCAAUACUGGAUCCAUCAGGCAGUACGACGUCUCCAUCUCCACCUGCAGCGCCACCAAAACUGUCGUCGACGACGACGACAACAGCGCGCAGCACGACCACCACAACAACGGAGACGGCGGCGGCAGCAGCGGCAGCCGCUCGCGCCGAGACAGCAGCAGCGGCGGCGGCCGCAUUCACGACACCCAGCUCAGUGGCCCGUUUCCAAGAUGUACUUAAUAUGUCAUCGACAAUGUUCCCGCCGGUGGUGACGUCUUCUUCGGCCUUGUCAGAGCUGGAGCAGGGAUGGAAUUUGGAGGCAGGCGAAGUGGGCAACGACAGCACUUACAACCCCAACAGCUGGGUGCAUUCGGAUGGCACGGACGCUGCCUAUUUUAUGCUGCAAAUGCAUCCUGAUUUGGCUGACCCCAUUGAGCAAUUAGGCAUGGAAAUCGAACCGGACGACAAUGAGACGGUGACCGAUUUCAAGCAGCGCUUCGGCGAGAAACGUCUGUGGGAUAUGCAAAUCAAUGUCACCGAUUUGGAUGAAUUGGAUCUACGUUGCGGCGGUCUGGUGCGUCGCUCCAACAUGUCACAACUGACAAAUGGCACUGUCAGCUGUAUGGUGCAACGCUGUGUGUUCACAAUGAAUGCACCAGAGAUUUGUCCACCCGAUUACAAAGAAUCAGAUGAUCGCGUAUUCUGGAUUUACUUUCUAUUGAGAUUCCUCGCCACAACGAUGCUGUCUGCCGGUGUCACCAUAAUGGAUCCCAUAGCGUUGACUAUGAUUGAGAAGUACGGCGGUGACUUUGGACGUGAGCGUCUCUUUUCCAGCAUUGGCAUGGCCAUCUUUUCGCCAAUUACUGGCAUAAUGAUUGAUUAUUUUUCGCGUGGUCUCGGCUACACCGACUACUCGGCUGCCUUUUAUACCUACGAUUUGUUGUUGGUGAUUUCAACAGUUUCGGUGCUGAUGAUGCCGUUGGGCGAUAAAUUGCCGGCAGAUAAUGUUUUCCGGGAUUUGUGGAAUUUACUGAAGAUGCCACAUGUUAUUACGUUCAUCUUCUUCCUCUUCAUUUUGGGCAAUUUCUGGGGUUUCAUCGAGAGUUUCCUUUUCCUAUACCUGAAGGAGUUGGGCGCACCCAAUUAUUUACUCGGCAUAACCAUCACUGUUGGCACGGUGAGCAGUAUUCCCUUCUUGUAUGGCGCCGAACGUAUCACCCGUAUCUUUGGACACGUUAAUUUGAUUAUCAUUGCUUUCUUCUCGCAUGCCGGCCGCCUCGUGGGCUAUUCGUUCAUUGAAAAUGCCUGGUGGUGUUUUCUCGAAGCGAUGGAGGCUCUGUCUUGCCAUUUGAUGUGGGUGGCAGCGGCCACUUACUGCUCAAUUUUGGCACCAAAAAGCUUGUUGGCCACAUUGAUUGGUGUGCUUGGCAUGGCGCAUUUUAGCUUGGGUCGCGGUAGUGGUUCCUUUACCGGUGGUCUACUAAUCGGCCAGUUUGGUACAAGAGAUGCCUUCCGUUAUAUGGGUCUAUUGGCUGUUGUAGGCGGUAUCGCGUACGGCCUACUACAUCUGGCUUGGUUACGUAAGUUCGAUCAUAACCUCGACGACUGUGAAGAAGAAGCAGAGGCAAUGGAGAAUGGUGAAACUGAGAAACUUACCGAACCGGCCACAAAAGAACAAGGCACAUCUAUGUCACUGGAACGUCUAAGCUUGAUGAUCAAAUACAAUCAGAUAGGCAGUUUGACUUCACUGCCACGUGGCUCGAGGGCGGAUAUACACGACCAUUUGUCACAUCGCCGCAGCAGCUAUAAUGUCGAGUCAACACGUGUACCUCGGCACGGCAGUCACAUCGGCAGCGCUUCGAAGGUUGACAUUUUGCGCUCAACACUGGAUAUAAAUCACAAAUCCUCCAAUAAUUCGGUGCUGAGCAAAGCCGAUAACAAAACAUCAAAUCAAUCAUUAGGCCGAAAUCGUGCCGACAGCGCGCCCAAAUUGAAUCACAGCAAUAUGAAGAACAUCUCACAGCCAACGCUGGAGGGUGUUGUGCUCGAGGGCGUUGAAUCAACUUUUUUCCCCAGCCGCAUGAAAAAGUAUCCGAGUGGUUUGUUAACAUCAAUACCAGCGAUGGAUUUGUCCGUUAUACCCAACACAAUGCUGAUGGAUCAAGAUGCUACCAAAGUGAUACCCGAAGAGACCGAUUUGAAUAAUUCGAAAAUCACUGUCGCCAGCCAAGAGGACGCCAACACGCAUCAAGUCAAUGGCAAGGGAUCGAGUAUAGCAGGGGAACGCAAUGUCAAGGACGACGCUACAUGAUUUAUGCAUACACACAGUAAUGUCUACAUAGCUACAUACGUACAUAUAUGUAUGAAUGAAAAUAUAUGUAUUUGAUUUGAGUGAUAUUAACUAAAUGCAAACAAAAACAAAAAAAUAUCAAUAAUUAUAGCAAGCAGCAAGCGCAAAAGCUAACGAUUUCCCAAAUAUUUUAUUGGUUGUAUAGUAAAGGUUAGGGCACAUUAGCUCUUUCUACGCUACACAUAUUAAAGUUGCUUACAGUGUGUCAUAACAUGUUUGGCCCCAUUAUAUAUGUAUGCUUCCGAAGCAGGGUAGUAUUUGUAAUUAAGUAAUGUUGAUUAUUUUAGCAAAGUGAAGUUGUUUUGUUUGAUUUAUUAACCGUUAGUUUUAGCAAUGAAAUCGCUAUUAUUUACAUUUAUUUGUUAGUUUUAAUUAAAUUUUUGCUCAGCGUAUUAUUUUACUUCCAUAAAUAUGUAUUUUUGUUAUUUGUAUUGUAUAUGUAUGUAUAUGUGUAUUGAAACUAUUUGUUAUUUGUAAAUCUCCUACUCAGCUACACUCAAAAUAUCGAACGUUUAAUGUACAAUAAAAAUUAAUGAAAUUAUUA